CGUCUUCCGUACACUUCUAACAGCAAAAAACUGAAAGCGCAAACUCGUAUUGAAUUUUCAAUUGGAGGAGGUGAUAAAUCAGGCGGAGUCGGAACACGGAAUUAAGAGUUAUGAAAUGAAUCAAACUAGUACAAAUACCUCUAACAGCUUUCCGUUAAGAUACUGGGAACUAACUUGGUAUUCAAUGAUUGCAGUUUUAGGAAUUAUUGGAAAUGGCGUUGUAAUGAUUGUUAUACUUUUAUCGAAAAAUAUUGAUCGCAAAUCAUCGUUUCAUAUUGCCAUAUUUUCAUUAGCACUUGCUGAUUUUAUGGUCUCUUUACUUAGCUUACCAAUUUAUUAUAUAUCAACUAGCAGAUUUCAAAAGUAUCAUCCCCAAAACAUUAGUGGUGAUUUGAUGUGUAUAUUUAUUACUGGUUAUUUUUUGCCGUAUUGGUUUUUAAGUGCUUCAGUUUUUUUACUCGUAUUCAUUUCAAUCGAGAGACGGAACGCAAUAUUGUAUCAAAAAUCGUUAUUGUUUCAACAAAAGUCUACAAAGUUUAAAAUUGCUAUAAUGGUUUUCAUUUUCUUCCUUGCUUUUAUCAAAGAAAUUUUAGGAGCAAUAUGUUUAAAGUAUGAUCCAAAAAAUAAUGAAUUCGGAAAUUUUUGUGGAUACUCUUCAAAGAAAAAGUACACUGGUAUAAUCCGAAAACUUCUUCAUGUUAUUUCAGACACAGCAAUACCUGUUGUUAUUGUUUCUUAUUGUUUUUAUCAAAUCUCUAUAUCUCUUGAAAAAAUUGGAGUCUUUUUAGGAAAAUCUAUGAAAGUCAAUAAAGUUGAUAUAAUAAAUAUUCGUAAAGUCAAAACAAUAAAGACAAUAAAAAUAAUAGCAGUUGCUUUUUGCAUUUGUAUUUUACCAAACAGAAUACUUUUAGUAGUCAGUUCUUUUAAAACCGAAAUGAUGAAAUGGAAUGAUCAGAUCUUCCAAGUUUUUGUUUUAUUGCGAUUUUCAAAUUCUUUUGUAAACCCUUUAAUAUUUUGUUUUCAGAGUUAGCAGUUUAGGGAAAAUUUGUCGAUGGUGUUUUACCGGCUAUACAAACAAAAAUAUAUAGCAUCACCUGGAGGAAAACAACAAUCAAACGGCUACAAACCCUUGCCAGAUAUGACUUUUUAAUAUUAUUCUUUAUCUUUGGACUUAUAUAUGAUAAUAAUAAUAAUAAUGAUAAUAAUAAAAAUAAAUUAUAAUAUCGUUAUUGUUAUAUAGAAGCGCUUUUUGUUUAAAUUUUAUUUAAUGCAAUAAAUUUCUAAGUGAGUUGGUUACGUCAUGUGAGUUAGUUACGUUUAAUCGUAAAAUCAAAUAAAUAAAUGGCAACUUUAAUUGUCGCUUUUUCACUAUUUUUAUCUUAUAUGUUUGUUUUUUUAUAAUUAUAUCAGCGAUAUAAAGUUUGUAUAACUUCUAAAAUAAACAUUACUAUUUUAUCUUAAAUCAAAAUCACAUGUUUAUGUUUUUUAAACAAUAUUUUGAUUUUUAUAUAAACUAUAUAAAUAUACAUGUCAAUUAAUUGUGAAAAACGGUAAACCUAAAAUUAAAGAUGCAGUAAAUAUAAAAUUAUAGAUGUAGAAUGUUGGCAAAAAGAACAAAAAA